AGUAGAGACCGUUGGUGGGGCUCAACCCUAUUGUCCAAAUGGCAUUCGGAUGUGCUCCUCUCUGCAUCCGAUUGGCCGCCUUUCUAUCAGCCGUCAACGCUAGCUGAUGCCAGCUGGUAUGUCAACGUCACCUUAGAACACUGCUGAAACUUCAACCUCAGCAGUUCGUCCACCAUCGAUUCAUCGUCACUGGAGAAACGGCGUAUUUGCAAUAAUCUCGUCGCAUCAUCCUGUUCCUGCUCUUCUCACCUUUCUAUGGAGCUCUGCCUGCUGCCUUCUACCAUUCUGCAGAUGUGUCUUCGUUGCUGUAACUGCGUCUACUAGCUGCGUUGACCGCCGUCUUCGCAAACUCGUGACUGCCUCGUUCGAGGUAGUUACGCUCCAAAAUGACGACUGCGAAAGCUGCGUUGCGGCUUUCGACCAUUGGACAUCCACUGACAAUCGGCACUUCGAGUUGAAGCAAGGGAGCAUCAACACGCUGUCUGCCCAGAUGCUGUGGUCGCCCCACUAAGACAUCGACAUGGCUGAUCCUUCAGAGAUGCAGGUUGCCUCAUUCUUCGUGCCUUCCAACAACAUCCUGAGGAAUCGAGGAUCAUUACGUCGUGCAGGUCUGUUCUCCAGUUAAUGAUUCUCCAGACACACAGUCAAUCUCAGAUGCGAUUGACUCGUGGACGAUGCCGGAGGUAUCGCUACACGUUUGACACUCUUUGUCAACAUCACAGUUUCCUGACCCCCGAAAAAUGCAGAUCAACCUCACAGGCUUCUUGAAUGGAAGGAAUGCCCGAUCUUUCAUGGGUGAAUUAUGGGACCUUUUGGUCUCUGCUCAAGAAAGUGUAACGGGCAUUCCAGAGGCUUUCUUGCAACAAAAAAAAGAUCAAAUUAAGAAACGUUUGGAAGAGCAAGAAAAACUCCAAGCUUCUUUGGCGGAGAAAGAAAAGGAAAAGGAAAGGGAAAAGGAGAAAGAUGAAGCAGAAAGCAAGAUAAAGAAAGAAGAAAAAGAACGGGGCUCGUCGAAAGAGCGCCGUAGAGAUCGAAGUAGAGAUCGUGAUCGAGACAGAAAAAGAAGUCGAUCGAGAGAUCGACACCGAGAUCGUGAUAGAUCGAGUCGCAAACGACGAUCUUCUUCGAGAUCGCCUAGUAAGAAUUCACUUAAAGACAACGGAAAAGAUAUGUCAGAAAUUAAAGUGGAACGAGAAGAUUCACCUCAACCUGAAAAUGCUAUACCACUUAUGCCUGUUAAAACUAAACCGGAAGCUGCGGUUGCAAUAUCUCGACUACAAGCUAAACUAAUGAGCAUAGCUGACGGAAAAAAGAAAAACAAUCGUACUCCAUCUCCCGAAUCAUUAGAAAAAGCAAAGAAGUCUAGAUCGAGAUCAAAGUCGCCUAUAAGUCGCUCCAAAAAAUCUAGAUCAAAAUCACCAAGUCGAGAUUCGAAAACACGUCGUUCUCGAUCACCUGCAUCCAAGUCGAGACGAUCUCGAUCUAAAUCAAGAACAAGACGAUCCAGGUCGAGGUCAAAAUCUAGAAGAUCGAAAUCCAGGUCGCAGGAUCGCUCGAAAUCGAGACGUACGAAGUCUAAGUCGCCAAGGUCGCAUUCAAGAUCUCGUUCACGAUCUAAAAAGUCAAGAUCGAAAAGCAACGACAGAAGUAAGUCUAGAAAAUCGAGGUCCGAUUCGAGCGAUUCAAGGUCAUCAAAGUCUCGUUCAAAGUCACCUGAUAAGAGAAAGGAUAAUCUCGAUUCCAACAGGAAACGAGAUGCAAGUACAAGCAGUAGUUCCGAAUCGGAGGAAGAUAAAGGGGCGAAAGAUAAAAAUGACUUCGAAAUUAGAAAGAAGAAGGAUGGAGUACAGGCAAAAAGAUCGUAUAGAAAAACAAACAAAGAUGAUAGUGGCAGUGACAGCGACUCGAGCCGAGAAAGAAAAUCUGUUCCUAAACGAAGAAGUCCGACACCACGAAAAGACAGAGGUCGGUCUAAGGACAGAGAUAGAUCGCGGGAUAGAUCACGGGAUAGAUCGCGAGAUAGGUCUCGGGAUAGAUCUCGAGAUAGGAAUAGAAGGAGGUCCAUAGAUAGGGAACGAGAAAGAAGAAGAGAACGGGAGCGGGAAAGAGAACGGGAGAGAUUGGACAGAUAUAGUGGUAGUCGCAGCAUGCGACCUCCAUCCGUGCGUAGAGCACCUAGCAGGCGAAGAAGCCCUCCUCGUAGAAGUCCGGCAAGAUACCGCCGCAGAUCACCAAGUCCUGGGGACAGGCGUCGAAGAAGAUCCCUUGAUCGAAGACGAAGAUCAUCGGAAAGAAGAGACAGACGUCGAUCUCCAGAUCGUCGCGACAGCAGACGUCGUUCACCAGACGGACGGGACCGAUCCAUCAGGUACGAUAGAUCUUCCUCUCGUGACAGAUCGAGUAGGCGGGACCGUUCCAGAGACAGGGACAGAAGGGAUAGAGAUAGAAGAUCUAGGUCUAGAGAUCGUAGAUCCAGAUCGAAAGAUCAAAGGUCAUCGGUGGAUCGUUCGAGAGAUGGAAAACGAUCUCCCGAUCGCUCAAGAGAUGCUAAGGAGAAGAUGAAGGACAAGAAAGUGGAUGAAAAAGUUAAGAGAUCAACUGAUACGGGAUCGCGAAAAGAAUUGCGAAACGGAAGGUCUAAGUCAAGUAGCUCGGAAAGUAGCGAAAGUAGUUCCUCUAGCAAUGAGGAUGAAGUGAUCAGAAAGUCACUUGAGCGAAAAUCAUCUCAAGAAAAACGAGAUCGCGAGAGGGAGCGAGAGCACGUAGAUGACAAACGUAAAGAAAAGGAGAAGCCUGUUAAAGAGGAAUCGGUCAAACGGCCUGAAAAGGACGUCAAAAAAGCUGAACCAGUGAACAUCAAGAAACCAGAUCCUAGUGUUUCUCCUAAAAAGCUUCAAUCGGCUACACUUCCUGUAACUAGGCACAGGUUUUCAAAAAGCUUGUCUAGAACACCGUCUCCGUUCAAAAAGACUGAGGAUAUAAUAGCUGCGGUUAAAAUUAAACAACCAUCAAAAGAAGAUAACAAAGAAGGAUCACCGAAAGAAGAAUCAAGCUUUUCAUCUGGAGAUACUUUCCCGCUGAAAAAAGAUGAUAAGUCAAUUAAAUCGAUCAAGACGGCAUCGGAGGACAAAAAGUCAGGUCAAAAGUCGUCAGAGCCAGUUCUCUUAAAGAAACCGGCAGACGUGCUAAAGAAAUCAAAGAGGGAAAAACGCGAUGGUUCUACCGAUUCAAAUGACAGUGAAAGCGAAGGAAAGAAAAGGCCAAGAAAAUUGGAGAAGUCUAGGAAAUCCAGGAAAACUUCUACGGAUGAUGAGAAAUCUGACAAAUGUGGUUCCAGUUCGGAUUCUGAAGAAGAAAGAAAGCAUGUAGAAAAAAGUAAAAAGAUCAGAGACUCUAACCGAGGAGAUUCAUUAGAUGAACGUACAAAAGACAGGAAAGAUAGUAGAAAACGGGAAAUCAAUGAAAACGAAUCUCGUAAACGGUCGAAAAAAGAGUUGGAAGAGGAAACAAAGAAGUCAAAAAGGUCUAGGAAAGAUUCUUCUUCGGGAGACGAGGAUCAGAAAGUAAAGAGAAAUAAGGUUGAAGAUGAUAGAUCCAGAUUACGAAAGUCCAAAAAGGAUUCAAGUUCAGAUGAUGAACCAAAAAAGACGCGAAAGCGGAGAGAUAGUUCUUCGGAAGAUGAAAAAUCACGGACGAGAAAGUCAAGAAAGGAUUCUACAAGCGAAGAUGAAGGAAAAGUGCGACUGAAAAAGUCAAAACGAGAUUCUAGUACAGAUGACGAGGAAAUUGGGGAGAAAGAUGCAAAGAAAAAAAGAAAAGCAGAUGAUAGUUCAGAUGAAGAAAAAGUGAAGAAAAAACGUAAAAAGAAAACUAAAACCAGUACCAGUGAAUCAGAGGAAAGUGAAAUAGAAGAAAAGAAAAAGAAAAAGGAUAAAAAACACAAAAAACAUAAGAAACAUAAAAAACAUAGGAAACACAAAAAAAAGAAGGUUGCGGAUUCUGACGAAUCUGAUGUAAGUGAAGGUAAUACAGAAGAACUAGAAAAAAAGCUUCGUGAGAAAGCAUUAAAAUCAAUGAAGAAAGGACAUAGUAUAGAGGGAAGUGAUUGAAGAUUUGUGUGAUUUAUUAAUGAGGGUGUGUCACGUGUGUGUACCUCUGUAUUACAAUGCACUUGCUCUAAUUGUAUCACGAAUACGUUUCUGUUUAUUAUUAUCGAUAAGUAGGAAUUUAUCGUGUCACACUUUUUGUGUAAAACAAGUCUGACAUUACUAAACAGAUUCGUCUUUUAGGCGAAGGAACCUAAUUUUUAUGACCCUAAACAUUAAGAUUACGAAGUUAAACGCAAUAGUUGUUCUUUUAAAUUAGUGAACAAGAGUAGUGCGUGUUACUACCAUAGGAACAGUAAUUUUUUGUGCCACUUUAAUGUACGAUUUUUACAUUUUUCAAAGUUGACACA